AUGUACCAACCACUUGAAGAUCAUUAUACAUUAUAUGUUGUGAAUUGCCAUCAUUGGGGUUAUCCAAAGACAUGGUAUGGUGUACCAGGAAAAGAUGAUGACAAAUUAGAAGAUACAAUGAAAGAAGAAGCCCUGGAAUUAUUUGAACAACAACCUGAUGUAAUGUAUCAAUCAAUCACUUUAAUGUCACCAGGUUGA